AUGGAAUCCCAACCUCCACGCAUCCGCGUCGCCAUAUCGGGAGGGGGCCUAGCAGGUGCUUCACUCAUCCAAGCUCUCCUCAAACAUCCACAGUUGGACGCGCAUAUCUUUGAAUCGGCCCCAAUGUUCAAAGAAGCUGGGAUGGCCAUAGGAGUUACCCGCAACGCACUCACAGCACUCGAUCUCCUCGGUUCAGCCGCCGUCAAAGCCCUCGAGAAUGCUAGAGCAGUGCCCAUGCGCGGGGUCCGGUUCCUCCUUGCCCAGGGGGACAAACCGGGGACUGUGUUGGAUGAAGUCGACUACGACAGUUCGGGGAACAAACGUCUUACAAGUAUUGUUCACCGGGCCGAUUUUCUCCGCGAACUACUGAGCAGCGUUCCGCAAGACCGAAUGCAUCCGUCCAAAAAGCUCAGCAACAUCACCACUGACGCGGAUAGCGAUGAGGUCACAAUGCACUUUACAGAUGGGACAGUUCACAAGACCGACAUUUUGAUAGGUGCGGACGGCAUUCACAGCACAGUCCGUAAAUUCAUACUCGGUGAAGACGACCCAGCUUCUGCACCUCGAAACACUGGUGUUUGGACCGCCAUGACUCUGCAACCGUAUGCUCAAGCGCGGGCAAAUAUCGGGACGGAGGCGGUCGAUUUGGACAGUCCAUUUGAACAUUCAUGGAUAGGCAAGGGGUCAUUUGUGAUGCACAACUUGCUCAGCAAAGGACAACUGGUCCAGUUCGUCAUUGCCGCCAGAGAUAGAACUGAAGGAAAAGCUGAUGAGUGGCACCGUCUGGUGAGCUCGGAAGAAAUCAAGAGUGCAGUUCAAGGAUGGCCUGACCAUUUGGUCAAGGCAAUUGAUGCCCUGCUCUGUGCCCAACCCACACAACCAGCCAUGUAUCUCUGGGACCAUGCUCCAGCGCGCCGUUAUGUCUCUGGGCCGGUUUGCAUCAUGGGCGAUGCCGCGCAUGCUACUACUCCGUGGCAGGGAUCGGGAGGUGGAAUGUCCCUCGAGGACAGCAUGAUAUUGUCGUCUCUUCUUGGUGAAGUCAAGACAGCGGCUGAGGCGAAAGUCGCACUGGGGGUGUAUGAUCAUGUUAGGCGUGCCAGGACGCAACGCAUCGUCCAGUCCAGUCGCGAAACAGGAGAGAUUCUGCUUGGUGGCGACGCGGUUGACGCAUAUUUGCGGGAGCCAGGUUCAUUUCUUCAUAGGUGGGAGUUUAUAUUGGACCUGGACGUUGAGCGGCACCGCGAUGAUGCCCUGCGCGAAUUGCACGCAGCCUUGAACGAAGCUCAUCAAACUUCAUGA